GACACUUGGAAUUUUGCUGAUGCCACAACAGUUCAAUGUGUAUCUUCAACUAUGCAGAAGGCUAAGGUUUGGAGUCGUGUCUCUUUUGGGAACCUAUUUAAAAGGAAGAAGAAAAUUCUUGCUAGAUUAGAUGGUAUUCAUAGGUUCCUCUCCUCUCAACAUAGUAAUUUCCUCACUAAUUUGGAAAAGACCCUUACCAAUGAAUAUUCAGACAUUCUUAAGUUGGAGGAAGACCUCUGGUUUAUGAAAGCUAGAACCAACUGGCUUGUUGAUGGUGACAAAAACUCUCGAUUCUUUCAUGUCACUGCCCUCAAGCAUAGGUCCCAAAAUAAAAUUCAUGCUCUUAAGGAUUCAGCUGGGAAUUGGUUAUGGAAUUUGGAAGAUAUUAAGGUGUUGUGCAGAGACUAUUUUAAAGACCUUUUCACUUCAUCCCUGUGUUAUUCCUUCUCUGAUUCCUACCAAGUGGCUGACUUAUUUGGGAAUCCCUCCAAUCCUCCUCUGGCUGACUUGGCUAACCUUCCUUCUGAACAGGAGAUUUGGAAUGCCCUUCAUUGUAUCAAACCUUUUAAAGCUCCUGGGCCAGAUGGUGUUCACCCCUUUUUUUAUCAGAAAUUUUGGGAUAUUGUGAAAGCUAAGAUAUGCCCUGAAAUUAUUCAAGCCUUUGCUACUGGGACCAUUCCAAUGGGCUGGAAUGAGUGCCUCUUAGAUUUAAUCCCCAAAGUGAGUAGUCCAGAAUCCUUGCACCAAUUUCGUCCCAUUGGUUUGUGCAAUACUUCUUAUAAGAUUAUAUCUAAGAUUCUUGUCAAUAGAAUCAAGCCUUUUAUGGACAGCUUGGUCUCCCCAUGCCAAGCUAGCUUUAUCCCUGGUAGAAAGAGCUCGGAUAAUGUCAUCAUUCUUCAAGAAGUUGUGUAUGCUUUCAGUAAACGUGCUGGUCGUGAGGGUGAUUUCAUUGUAAAAAUUGACCUCGAGAAGGCUUAUGAUCGUCUUGAAUGGAGUUUUAUUAGAGAAACUCUCAUCUUCUUUAAUUUUCCUCCAGAUUUUAUUAAUCUCAUCAUGUCAUGUAUUUGCACUACCUCAUGUUCUGUUCUCCUAAAUGGAGAACGCACUGAUGAUUUUCUACCUUCACGGGGUAUUCGACAGGGAGAUCCCCUUUCCCCUUAUAUUUUUGUUUUAUGUUUAGAAUUCCUUUCUCUUACCAUGAAUAAAGGUCUUAGCAUGGGACUUUGCAAAGGUAGCAAAAUGGGACGAAGAGGUCCUACACUUUCUCACCUUUUUUUUGCUGACGAUCUUGUCUUCAUUGGUAAGGCUACUCUUGAUAAUUGUGCUUUUCUAAAAUAUGUUCUGGAUUUCUUUUGUUAUAGGUCUGGCCAAAAAAUCAAUCAGGAUAAAUCCAAGAUUCUAUUUUCGAAGAAUGUUAACCAAGAUCGUAGGGAGGCUAUUUGUAACAUCCUCGGGUUCCCACAAACUGAGUCUUUGGGCAAAUACCUUGGUAUUCCAAUCUCAAGCAAGAAAGCUAGAAAACAAGAUUAUGCCUUCAUCAUUGACAAAGUCAGGAACAAAUUGGAUGGUUGGAAAGCUAAGUUUUUCUCUUUGGCGGGUCGGAAUAUUCUGGUCCAAUCUGUCCUAGCUUCCAUUCCUAAUUAUUACAUGCAAUCCUGCAUGCUACCUAUUUCAAUCCAUGACCAACUUGAUAAAAUAUCACGUGAUUUCUUAUGGGGUUCUAAUGAAUCAAGUCGCAAGAUACAUGCUAUCAGCUGGAAUCAAGUUACUGUACCUAAGCAUUUGGGAGGUCUUGGUAUAAGGAGUUCUAAGGAAGCCAAUCUAGUGGCCAUGGCCAAGUUAAAUUGGCAAUUAUUCUUAGAUAAAGAGAAAUUGUGGUGCAAGGUGAUUGUUUCCAAAUAUAACAUUGGUAGUAGACCAGGGACACUUCCUGCACAUGGCUCGCCUAUUCUAAGAUAUAUUCGAAAAGGGAAUCCUCUCUUUUUACAAGGCAUUAAAUGGAUCCCAGCUGAUGGUAGUGACAUCUUGUUCUGGUUUGACUGCUGGGCUUUUGACUAUCCUCUCAACUCCAAGUUCUAUGGACCCCUCCUCUCGAAUGACGUGAACCUCACACUUGCAGAUGUCUUCCCACAAGGCAAGCUUAAUCUUGAUAUUAUAUCUCAGCCCUUGGACAGAGACACGUUAGAAACCAUCAAGGCUACUCCAUUUUCUUUUUCUCGUCACGGAGGGGACUCUUUUGCUUGGAAGGGUUCAUCUAAUGGUCAGUUCUCUUCUCCGGUAGCAUACAAAAUUGCUAAGAAUAUUCCCAUAUCCUGUAAGGGAAAUUGGCAGUGGAUUUGGAAGUUACAUGCUCUCCCAAAAAUUCAGAACUUCAUUUGGCUUCUUUGUCACCAACGCUUGAAGACUUUUGAAUAUUUACAUUGUAUUGGCAUCCUUGAUAACUCAUUAUGUCCAUUAUGCUCUAAUACAUAUGAGUCUUGUUCUCACCUCAUGAGUUCCUGUCCGCAAGUCCUUCCGAUUUGGAAUUAUUUCUUCAGAGAUGAUUUUCAACUUCCCCAGAAUGAUACUACUUUCUUUGACUGGAUUCAGAGGAACUGUACAAAAAAGAGCUACGCCCCUACUAUUCCUGUUCCAUGGGGUUCUCUUUUUUGCUUUGUUCUCUGGACAAUCUGGAUUCAUAGGAACAAAAAAGUUUAUUGUGAUCAAGAUUUUGACCCCAACUUUAUCUGUCGGUUUAUUAGAGAAAGGAUCUUUGAAUUCCUAUCUGUUCUCCCUAGUCCCAAAUUUGGCAGUCAUUCUUCAACACAAAAACUUGUUAAAUGGGACAAACCACCGGCAGGCUCCUUUAAACUUAACACUGAUGGUUCAGUCAUCAAUAAUCCAGGUCCAGCCACCUCUGGAGGCCUUAUUCGUGACCAUAGAGGACGUUGGAUUAGAGGCUUCUAUAGGAAGAUUGGUAUUGCUUCAAGCCUUGCUGCUGAAAUCUGGGGAAUUCGGGAUGGUCUUCUUUUGGCUAAACAUCUAGAUAUUCAAUCCUUAAUUGUUGAAGUGGAUUCCUUUAUUGCCUUUCAGUUACUCUCCACUGGGACUGACCAUCAUCACCCUCUAUGUUCUCUCAUUUCUGAUUGUAGGGCCCUUGUGGUGGAUCUUCCGCACGUCCACUUGCAGCAUGUUUACAGAGAGGGCAAUAUGUGUGCUGAUCGUCUUGCUGCUAUGGCUCAUUCCCAGCAAGAAGAUUUUGUCAUUUUAGAGGGUUGCCCCUCAACCCUUUUUAUGUAUCUCUAUGCUGAUAUGUUGGGAACUAUGUAUCCCAGAGACUAGUUUAUUUUGUAUCUUUGUCUACUAGUUUAAUAUUACUCUUCAUUCCACCAAAAAGAAGGACAGGUUAUUGAUAGAUAAGUCAGAGGG